AUGGAGAAAAAAGGAACCGCCAUGAGUUUAAGACGCAGUGAGUUCCAUUCGGAUAGGCCGAAGAAUCUUCGAUUGGUGAACACUGGUGGCGAGUACAUAUCACCUGAAUUCAAGUCAUACCUGCUCAACAAACCUCACAUAUAUCGGGAUUAUGUAAAGGAGAUAAAAAGUCCAAAUGUUGUGGAGAAGUCUCCAGUUGUAAAGGUCUCACCCCUUGUGAGAGCCCCUCCUUGCAAGAAAAAAGGAAAAACAGUGAGUGUGAGCAGGCCGCUGACGAGUAGGGUUGAGAGACUUCGUUAUGGCAUCACCGAAGAAGGGGUAGAAGAGGAUGACUCUGAGAAGGCGAAAGAGCGUAUUAAGACUGAACGGACAAAAAAGCGAAAAAUCUCGGAGAACCUAAGAAAAUUCGUUUUGAUGUUGCCGAAGAUGAUAUGGAAGGAAGUGAGGUCUCGAAUCAAUGAGGAAAAGGAGCAACUAGCUACUUCAGCAGAUUUUGACCUCGACGAGGCCAUCAAACGACAGAGAAGAAGGAUGAUGUUGGAUCAUCCCCACCCUCGCCAUGAUACUCUGAGGAGGAAUCGUCCAAUGCUGGAAAAGUAUAAACUAUUUGAUGACCAGAGCAGCGAACGCACUAUGCCGAAAGAUGAAAGUGACUCCAAAGAGGAAAAAUAG